AAGUCAUGUAUAACGUAGCACCAACGAUCACAUAGUGUGCCAGGUGAUAAAGGCUCGAGUGAUGAGUCAGUAGACACUAUGGCAGCGAGCAGACUGAGCGUGUACACUGCUGACUUCUAUAAUUUUCUAAGAAAUGUCAGACCAAUAUUUAGAAUGCCCCUGCAAGCAGUUCACACAUCUGCAGGUAUUCGGGCCAAACAAAAUGAAGGGCCACAAGCAAAAUAUUUCCCAGCAGUAAAGACAAUAAUGCUACCAAAGGAUACUUUCACGGGCAAAAUUGCAUUCAUCACUGGUGGUGGCACUGGUCUUGGCAAAGGGAUGGCUACAAUGCUGAGUGCUCUUGGAGCAAAUGUAGUUAUUGCUGCAAGGCGGCUUUCAGUACUAGAGGCAACUGCAAACGAGAUUUCAAAUGAGACUGGGAAUUGCGUCCAUGCUGUGCAGAUGGAUGUUCGUGACCCAGUAUCAGUAGCAACUGCACUGGAUGCAUGUGAAUCUAAAUUUGGUGUUCCAAAUAUUAUCAUCAAUAAUGCUGCUGGCAAUUUCAUAUCGCCAUCAGAAAGGCUGAGCCCAAAUGCUUGGAAGACCAUCACAGAUAUUGUAUUGAAUGGUACAGCUAAUGUUACUUUGGAUGCUGGCAAACGACUUAUUAAAGCAAAUCAAGGUGGUGUGUUUUUGAGCAUCACAGCAACAUACACACGCAGUGGAUCAGGAUAUGUUUCACCGAGUGCUUCAGCAAAAGCUGGAGUUGAGACUUUAACAAGGUCUUUAGCAGCAGAAUGGGGUAAAUAUGGCAUGCGCUUUAACUGCAUUGCUCCUGGUCCAAUUGAGACCGAAGGUGCAUUCAGUCGUUUGGACCCAAUGGGUGAAUUUUCAGAAUUCUACCACGAACGCAUUCCAGCUGGACGCCUGGGAGAAGUGGAAGAACUGGCUAAUUUAGCUACUUAUCUUGUGUCUGACUAUUCAUCUUGGAUUUCAGGAGAGACUCUUGCUUUGGAUGGUGGGCAUUAUCGGUAUAUGUCGAGUGGUCUCAACCGCCUUUCGAAUGUAACUCCUGAUCAGUGGGAUGUAAUGGAGAAAAUGAUUCGGACAGCUUCAAGCAAAGAUAAGUCAAUGACGAAGGCCAGACUUUAAUCUAUAAAUAGACCGUGAGGCAAGAUGGCGGAGAGUAUCCCAGCCUUGCUGGAGAAUUUAACAUGUUCAAGAGUGUCCCUGAUGAACACUGGGAUAUGAUGGCACAAAUGAUACGUCUGACUAAUGAGAAAG